CCUGUAACCCAGGUGCAUUCCAUCCUGUCGUACUUUGCCGCCCCAAUCUUGCUCGCUCGCACAGUGCUCCCUCGUCCGGCCUGACUUUACUAUCAACUGACGUGUUUUGCGCAUUUCCUGGACCAGCGCAGACAGGCUAAGGGAGGGAUAGGGAAAGGAGAGGUAAUUUGCAGGAAACGUAGAGGGAAAGGGAAUCAGACAGGAGCGGGCCGUGCUCGAGAUCUAAUUGAACACUUGGGAACCGUAAGAGAAAACCAUUUGUUACAUGUUAUCAUCUAUCCAGCCGCCACAGUCUACUGACUAGCAGCGAUCAUGUGUGGAGAAGGAAGAAUUCCAAACGUCUAAGCGCAUUUGCUGGAUUCAGAGGAAGACCAACAGUAGAGCUCCAGACAUAUUUUCCCUCGCUGUUCACAUAGAACCGUGUCAGGCAUUUGUCGUUUCGUCUGGUUUUCACUUUGGAAAGCCAUACUGAUUCGACUACGAAGGCGGAUUUUAAGCUGGAUUUGAUUUCAGAGAGGGGUGAAUCCGUUUGUUUACGUAUGGUUCCGCACUCAAGGACAGAACAAAACGUAAACAAAAACGGUACCACACUGAGCACCGUUGUAUACUGGGCUGUUUUGCAUUUAAUUAGUGUUCUCUAUGGUACAUGUUGAAAACUGCAACUAGUUCUUUGGUAGUUAUUGGAAGCGGAGAAAUAUGGACAUUUGCUCAGGUUAGCGCGCAAGCUGACUGAACUGAAUUAGUGGGCAUUCAUGUGAAGUCAAUGAUCCUCGUUUGAGUCCUGUGGCGGUGGCCAGUACCAAGACUGUCCUACUGUUUGUUUCAUCUACAAUAUACAAUCACAGAAAGAGCAAGGUUGCAUCGGUAGCAUCAUGGUGGUUUUCAAUGGGUUGCUGAAGAUAAAGGUCUGUAAGGCUUUGGACUUGAAGCCUACGGCAUGGUCGUUAAGACACGCAGUUGGAGUGAAAUCCCAGACCUUUCUGUUGGAUACCUAUAUCGCCCUAAACGUGGACGAUUCACGCGUGGGUCAAACAUCUACCAAACAGAAGACAAACAGCCCAGCGUGGAACGAUGAGUUUGUGACUGAGGUUUAUGACGGAAAGAAAAUUGAAUUGUCCGUCUUUCACGACGCUCCGAUUGGAUACGACGAUUUUGUUGCAAAUUGCACAAUACAGUUCGAAGAUCUGCUGCAGAAUGGCAGCAGACACUUCGAAGACUGGAUUGACUUGGAGCCAGAGGGCAAGGUUUUUGUCAUCAUUGACCUCUCGGGUUCUACAGGUGAAGCCAUCACUGCAUGCUGCCCCAGCCAUGUUGACCUCAGGAUUCCUGACACUCCCCCAUGCACUGCCCUGCCAUCUCGCCCUGCACACUCUGCCAAUGACAACGAAGAGCGUGUGUUCCGGGAGCGCAUGCGACCGCGCAAACGCCAGGGGGCCGUGCGCAGGAGGGUCCACCAGGUCAACGGACACAAGUUUAUGGCCACCUACCUGAGACAGCCCACCUACUGCUCCCACUGCAGGGACUUCAUCUGGGGUGUCUUAGGGAAACAGGGAUACCAGUGUCAAGUAUGCACAUGUGUGGUCCACAAGCGCUGCCAUGAGCUCAUCAUCACCAAAUGUGCCGGAAUGAAGAAACAGGAGGAUGCUCCUCAGGAGGUGGGCUCCCAGAGGUUCAGUGUGAACAUGCCACACAAGUUCAGCAUCCACAACUACAAAGUUCCCACCUUCUGCGACCACUGUGGCUCCCUGCUGUGGGGUCUCAUGCGACAGGGUCUGCAGUGCAAAGUGUGUAAGAUGAAUGUGCACAGGCGCUGUGAGAGUAACGUUGCUCCUAACUGCGGAGUGGACGCCAGAGGCAUUGCCAAAGUGCUCUCCGAUCUGGGCGUCACCCCAGACAAGAUCUCCAACAGCACACAGAGGAGGAAAAAACUGAACUUCGGCCAGGAUUCUCACCAGCCGGUGACACAAAUGCCACCGUCUGAUCUAGACCGCUGCCAGUCAGCGCCCACUUCUCCCUGUGACCAGGAGCUGGCAGACCUGGUGAACAUCCAUAAGACGCUGUCGUUCAGCCAGUGCAGUCCCGAGCAGCAGUCCUCCUCGUCCACGUCGUCGGGCAGCAGCUCAGAGACCCGACAGAACGGCGACGUCCGGUCCUUGCAGAGCCAGAGGAGGAGCCUUAUGGACUUCAGCUUCAUCAAGGUCCUGGGAAAGGGCAGCUUUGGCAAGGUGAUGCUGGCCGAGCUGAAGGGCACGGAUGAGGUGUACGCGGUGAAGGUGCUGAAGAAGGACGUGAUCCUGCAGGAUGAUGACGUGGACUGCACCCUGACGGAGAAGCGCAUCCUGGCUCUGGCCAGAAAACACCCCUACCUGACCCAGCUCUUCUGCUGCUUCCAGACCAAGGACCGCCUGUUCUUUGUGAUGGAGUACGUGAAUGGGGGAGACCUCAUGUUUCAGAUCCAGAGGUCCAGGAAGUUUGAUGAGCCGCGCUCACGCUUUUAUGCUGCCGAGGUCACUUCUGCGCUGAUGUUCCUACAUCAGCACGGAGUUAUCUACAGGGACUUAAAGCUGGACAAUAUUCUGCUGGAUGCGGAGGGCCACUGUAAGCUGGCUGACUUUGGCAUGUGCAAAGAGGGAAUCCUGGAUGGAGUCACCACCACAACCUUCUGUGGCACCCCAGACUACAUCGCUCCAGAGAUCUUGCAGGAGCUUGAGUACGGGCCGUCGGUGGACUGGUGGGCCCUGGGCGUGCUGAUGUAUGAGAUGAUGGCGGGACAGCCUCCGUUUGAGGCCGACAACGAGGACGACCUGUUUGAGUCCAUCCUGCACGACGAUGUGCUCUACCCCGUCUGGCUCAGCAAAGAAGCGGUCAACAUCCUCAAAGCGUUCAUGACCAAGAACCCCAGUAAGCGCCUGGGCUGCGUGGUGUCCCAGGGCCUGGAGGAGGCCAUCAAAGCCCACUCCUUCUUCCGAGAGAUCGACUGGCUGCUGCUGGAGCAGAGGCGAGUCAGGCCUCCCUUCAAGCCUCGCAUCAAAACCAAACGAGAUGUAAAUAACUUUGAUCAAGACUUCACUCGAGAAGAUCCUGUCUUGACACCCGUGGAGGAGGACAUCAUCAAACAGAUCAACCAGGACGAGUUUAAAGGUUUCUCCUAUUUUGGAGAGGAGGCUCUAUCCUAAAGUUAAUCCUAAACUCCUAUUGCCCCCCCCCCCCUCCCCCUGCACAACACAGACACAAACACAAAGAUACUCCCAUACAGAUAACAGAUAUAGAACCACAACACACGCACACACGCACACACACACACACACACACACACGCACACGCACACGCACAUACACACAUA